AUGGCUCGUACGUCGCAAGAGGCCAACCAACUCGCAGAGGCGAUUCGAAAUACGUUGAACUACCUGCUGGUUCAAGUCGAGGACUUGAAACAGUUAGUCGCCGAGUGGAAUGAGCUCCAAGACAAUAUCAAGCAAACUGCGGUCCAUGCGCCUGACCUUAUCAUGCUCAACGUGGGGGGCACGACCUUUGAGACGUCUAAAGACACGUUGCUCCGUGUGGAAGGCAGCUACUUCCACGCGUUGCUGGAGUCGGGGGCGUGGCAGCCCGACAGUGCCGCACACGCAUACUUUUUGGACAUGAAUCCGACGCUCUUUCGCCGCGUUGUCAACUUCCUGCACACUGGUACCAUGCUGCCACUUGGUGGGCUGUCCAACGUCGAGCGCAACGAGCUCCAGGCCAUGAUGGAGUAUUUGAAGCUGCCGAAAUGGGACGCACCAACACAACAGGUUCGAUGGAGCUCGACAAACAAACACGUGACAGUGUCCAACGACUUUCGAACGGUCGAGAUGACGUUGGUUUGCAGUGAGUUUGUGACUGCGACGGAAGCGCUGACUGGGACGUUCCAACUUCGCAUCGAUGCAGUUGGAAGCAGCAAUAUCUUCGGUUUGUUUGCCCGCGGCCGUUCAGGCUAUUCGUUGGAUCACCACUAUAUCUGUCACAAGAAUGGAGCCAUCAGCAUCAAUGACGCGUGUGUUGCGAACGUGACGAAGCUUCAGGUGGGCGACGUGGUGACCAUUCAGCGUUGUGCGACGGAAGUGGUGUUUGUCGUGAACGAUGGACCUGCGGCUCGUGUGGCGCUGGUGGACCCAAACGCACGCUUGUUCCCUUUCGUCUACAUGAACCGUGCGGCGAAGUUCACAGUGGUCGACUAG